CCAGCCCCCUGCGGUGGACGCCCUCCUACCUAUAUAGUGAAAAUACCAGUGCCUUCGAGAGCAUUGCUCUUCUUUCUAUGACAAUGAAGCCCGUCAGUGCUGUGAUAUUCUGCGCCUUUUUGGCCGCGGUCAGUGCCCAACAGUACACCUCAAAGUACGACAAUGUGGACGUGGACAAGAUUUUGAAAAACGACAGGGUGCUAAACAACUACAUCAAAUGCAUGAUGGACGAAGGUCCAUGCACUUCCGAAGGAAGAGAACUUAAAAAAACUUUACCCGACGCUCUAAACUCUGGAUGCACGAAAUGCAGCCCGAAACAAAAGGAGGCGACGGAAAAGGUUGUCAAGCAUCUGAUGAACAAGAAAUCACGUGACUGGGAACGCCUAAGCAAAAAAUACGAUCCCCAGGGGAACUUCAAGAAGCGAUACGAAGCCGAAUUGGCCGCUUCGAAGAAAGCCUGAGAUGUAUUAAUUAUUUGUAUAUUUUUGCUAUUAAGUUAAUUAAUUUAAGUAGGGACUUGAUUUGUAUUUUUAUUUGUUCAUUUUAUCAAAUGUUUAUUUACAAUUUAUUAAGA